UAGACCUCACUUCCAGUUCCACGCAGCACUUCAGUGCAUCUAAAACCUCAGACAUGGAUGACCCUCCACAAAAUGGCUCCAUGCACACACUAACAUCCACCGCAGCCCGACGACGGUGACCUCUAAGGGCAAUCGAAAAGGACUUUAUUUCUUGGGUUUUACCAUUUUCACUUGAUUGUACUAUAUACUUGGAAAACUGCUUGUUUGGAUUCGCUCUAAACGAUGAUGGAAAAACUGAAAUCCGAGAAAUUUCCGCUCAGCCCGAGCGCGGAGGACUGUGCUUCUCCCCCACGCGACACCAACACGACUUCCUCCCCAGGUUUGGCACCCGUGGAGGAGGGAGAUGCAUGCGGGAAACAGGAAGGCACGACGCCGGAGAAAGGAGAGCAUCACCUCCCCGAGGAGAGAUGCAAUGGGGCUCUCAUCCUUAAUGGCGUUGCCAAGGAAACGGCUUACCACGCCAUUGAGCUAAAAAAGGAAGUGCCGGUGAUCGAGCUGUCCAGGAGAGGAGGGACUGGUGAUAUAAAAGGCAGGGAGCUCAAGGCAGACAGCAGCCAUAAGGUGCAAACCACGGAGCUGUGCAGACCACCGAUUCCUCUGCCGCUGCCACCCAAGGACCCGCUGAGCGAAACUCGAAUGGUGCAGUUGAGUCCACCCGCUUUCCCUCUCCCGGCCCGAGCGAUGCUCUACAGCAACAUGGCGCAACCGCUCUCCACUAUUAACAGUGGUUAUGCUGGAGAAGCGGAACAAUAUGGGAUGUAUCCGAGCAGUCGGGUGAAACGCAGACCUGCGCCUUAUGAGGUUGAAAUCAGCGAUGGAUCACAGCCCAAAAUCGUGCGACGGAUCUUCACGAACAGCCGCGAGCGCUGGAGGCAGCAGAACGUGAACGGCGCCUUCGCCGAGCUCCGCAAGCUCAUCCCCACCCAUCCGCCCGACAAGAAGCUGAGCAAGAACGAGAUCCUGCGCCUUGCCAUGAAAUACAUCAACUUCCUCGCCAAGCUGCUCAACGACCAGGAAGACAUGGUUGGUGGCGAAGCGCCCGCCAGGGCCGGCCGCGACUCCACCCUGGUGCGGGACGACCUCCUGCAGGAGAUGCUGAGCCCCAACUCCAGCUGCGGGAGCCUGCUGGACGGCAGCCCGGAGAGCUUUACCGAGGACCAGGACUCGUCGGUGGACUCCAGACCGUCAGCGAGGGGACUGCAUCAUUCCAGUCAGGCCCUGGAAGGAAACGCCCAGCGAUGACUGAGUUGGAUGCUCUGCUCUGUGGACCUAAAUAUGUUUAUGUUGUGUGCAAGCAUAUUCUUACGUAUGACCUUCUCUUUGCGCCUCGAUACUUCCUUGGUGCCCU